CUGGUUAGUUGUCUGAGCGGAAGUGACGUUUGCCCCGGCCUGGUCUGCGUGUUUUGCAGCGCGGUUUUCCUUGUGAGCGAGUGUGUGUGUCGGGCGGCAACAUGGUGAAACUUACGGCCGAUCUGAUCGAACAGGCGGCGCAGUAUACCAACGCCGUGCGGGACCGGGAGCUGGACCUAAGAGGCUACAAGAUCCCAGUAAUUGAAAACCUAGGUGCAACAUUGGACCAGUUUGAUACAAUUGAUUUCUCUGAUAAUGAGAUUAGAAAGUUGGAUGGGUUUCCUCUGCUAAAAAGGCUAAAAACCAUGUUAUUGAACAACAAUAGGAUAUGCCGUAUAGGAGAAGGCCUUGAGCAUGUAUUGCCAAACUUAACUGAAUUGAUUCUCACAAACAAUAAUAUUAUGGAAUUGGGAGAUCUGGAUAACCUCGCAACAAUUAAAAAUCUCACCUAUCUCAGCCUAUUAAGAAAUCCAGUUAUAAAUAAGAGACAUUACAGACUGUAUAUAGUAUACAAAGUUCCACAAGUCAGAGUACUGGAUUUUCAGAAAGUCAGGCUUGCAGAGCGAGAGGAGGCAGCGAAUAUGUUCAAGGGCAAGCGGGGUGCACAGCUUGCAAAGGAUAUUGCCAAGAGAUCAAAAACAUUUACUCCAGGUGCUGGCUUACCAACAGAAAAGAAAAAAUCUGGGCCUUCCCCUGGUGAUGUUGAAGCCAUUAAGAAUGCCAUUGCCAAUGCUACGACACUAGCUGAAGUAGAAAGACUGAAAGGUUUGCUGCAGUCCGGUCAGAUUCCUGGUAAAGACAGAGUACCAGGGACAUCAGAGGAAGCGGAUGAGGAGAUGGAAGAAGAUGUUACUACCAAUGGGUCUUAAGCUGUCAAGAUAUUUUUUUUUCCCUUUUUUUUUUUUUUUCUUUUCUUACUAUCGGUGUGGUUAGUACUGAAAGCUAAACACUACCUUUAGUUAAUGUAAAUGUUUUGCUGUAAAUUUUGUCUAAUAAAAGUCAUUUUUGUAUUUUA